AUGAUGCACGGAAACCAGCGACAUAUACCAGAUGCUGCGAAGCAGCAGUGGUUUGUUAUGUCCACACAUGGCAUGACAUUGAAGGCCAUAGCGCAAGUGACAGGAUCCAGCCAUCAAACAGUCAAUAGAGUUCUUCGGCUCUCACAACUCACGGGCUCUGUUGUUCGAAAGCCUCUGGAAAGUGGUCGUCCUUGUCUACUUACAGCACAGGACGUUGCAUACCUUAUUUCAUGUGUCGAACUCACUCCUGACAUAUUUCUAUCUGAACUACAAAGUGCUCUACGGGAGGUGAGGGAUAUUGAGGUGUCCCUUGCCACCAUCGAACAAACACUACAUAGGCAUGGAUUGACUCACAAGCAUGUAUGUAAAAUAUGUUUGUGCAUGUAA